AUGAAUAUAAGUCCUUUGUGGGCUGAUGAGGCAGUUUUUUACUGCAUCCUGUUUUCCGAAAAUUGCAGUUCGUGGUGCUGUGAACAGGCUUGUCCAUUGAGCGAUAUCGCUGAUAUACUUAAUAAAGAAGAAAAAGCGCAGCUCAAAGACUCAAAUGGUGGCUUGCAAACAUUUUUAAAAAAUCAGCAUCAGGUUUUCAAAGUGACCAAAGGCACUGUUGCGGUACGUAACUGGACCGAAGAGGGACGCCGACGAGUCGAAGGAAGAAGGAAGGCAAGUGACUGUUGGUUCUACAAGAAUCAUCCAAAUGGCUGUCCACUAACAGCUGAUGUUUGCUCGUACAGGCACUGA